GGAGGGUUCUGCUGAGGGAGGUGCAGGCACUCACUCUCCACAGAGGUCGAUACACGACAUCCCGGCGGACAGCGGCGGUCCCUCAGUUACAGUGCACAGGAGGCGCUGCGGGGUGUUCCCGUGUCCCUGAGGUGGUUCAGUGUUACAACAAAGGUUGGGAUGGCUAUGAUGUACAGUGGCAGUGCAAAGCAGACUUGGAAAACGCCUACCGUUUUGGGCAAAUUGAAGUGAGCUGCGAAGGCUACGAUUAUCCGGAUGAUCCUUACAUCUUAAGAGGCUCCUGUAGUUUGCUGUUCAGGCUAGAGCUGACUGAGGAGGGUGAAAGGAAAGUGAAGAACUCUGGGAGCUUUGGCUCUAGCUACUAUCAGCCAAGGAAGGAUUCUUCUGAUUCUGGUGCUGGAGCAAUUGUUAUAAUUGUUCUUCUGGCUCUUGCUUUUGGAGUAUACAAGCUCUUCCUCAGCAACCAGCAGCCUCAGCAGAGUUUUGGUGACAGCGAUGGGUUCAGAAGGCCUUCCUGGCAGAGUCAGCAGGCACCUCCUCCUCCUGGUUUUAAGUCCAGCUUCACAGAAGGCAACAGAUUUGGGACUCAUUCCAGUCAUGGAACCAAUUCAGGACCAGGAUUUUGGACUGGAUUAGGAGCAGGAGGCUUGCUAGGCUACUUGACUGGCAGUCACAGAGCACAGCCACGUUCCCCAUAUUACAGUAUGUGGACAGAUCCCACAGCUGCACCUCCAAUGAAUGGGCAGUCAGGCAAUUCCACACAAGGUAGCAGUUCAGGAACAAGAACUGCUUCUGGCUUUGGGAGUACAAAAAGAAGAUGAAAUCCUUAACAUUAUUACAUCUGAGUGAUUGA